AUGGCUGUCCUGGCUUCUUUUGUCUGGGUACUGGUUGGCUGCAUUUCUGCUGCUGUAGCAGAGGAUUCUAAUAUCUCAGAUCUAUAUCCUCCUUUCUGGGAAGAGAGCCCUGAAGAGUUAAGUGAUUACAGGUUGGAGGAUGGAAAGCACAUCAUUAACCCAUGGGUAUUCACUGAUAGAAUGGGUUUGUAUAGAAUCUUACUGAAUCAGACAGCUCCAUAUUUUGCAAGCUAUGGUCUAGAAAACGAACAGAAUCUUUUCUGGGGAUUGCCGCUGCAGUUUGGAUGGCAACAUAGUUCGGGUAGACUAGCUGAUCCCACUGGCAAGACAGACUGUGGCUAUGAUCCUGGAAACCCUCUGUGUGUGUCUGUUGACAGUUGGUGGGCUGAUGCAAAUUAUUUUUUGAGUGUGAUACCUUUCCUUGCUGCUGUUGAUUCUGGUGUACUGGGGAUAACGUCAGACCAAUUUACCAUUUUACCACCACCCCAGGAUCAGUCGAAGUUUUGUUACAGUGUUUCUGACUGCAAAGAGCUCGUUGGGGAAACAAUGGACGCAUGGAACACCUUUUUUGAGUACAUGAAGUUGCCUUCUACCAACUUUGAUGGUCUUUUGAAGAACUUAUGGGCUGCUCAUACCUCCUCCUUGGGGUAUCCUCUCAGUGCCUUUGAAGACAGAUAUGCCUAUUAUUCUUAUCAAGAAUCAAAAUUUGAGAAAAACUGGGCUAUUGCUGUAGACUACUUAGCUGCGGCCUACUAUCCUACAACCCUGAUUAGAACGCGUGGCUUUCAGAAGGCCCUGCCACCACGUAUUCUUCUUGAUACUGACAUAGCCCCUUUUAUUGCUGACUUCACUACUACUCAGAACACAGUCCUGCUGUCACUCACAGCUCUUGGUGAUACUGACCAACUUACAGGAUCAUUCUCUUUGACUGCCUGGAAAAUUCUCAUGAGUACAAAAUUUGCAAGGGAAGAAUUUCUAAAAGCUCUUGAAACAUUGCUGGGGACAUCUACAUAAAACAUAACAUUUUUUUGUGAACAGUGAACAACUAUCUUUGGCCACAAGCAAUUAAAAAUAAUGACUUUGAUCACAAUCAUGUAGGUUUAUGAGUUAGGUUUUUUUGCUUAAUGUUCAUUUGUCCAGGAUUUCCUCCCAUAUAUUCCUAGAAUUAAAUUUAAACCGGUUUUGGACAAUAUCUCUUGAAUUUUCAAUUCUUCAGUACUUUAUCUUAUGAUAUAAAGAUUCUGGUCAAUGACAACCAAAUCACAAAGAAUCAUUAAAGUGAUUUUAAGCA